GCUCCUCUUAAAUUCAGGUUAUCUAAAAGUGUCAUAUGUUUUUCACUUGUAAAUGGUGAUUUUGGGUGAGAAAAAGAUGUUUGUUUUGGAUUUAGAAGCUGAGUGCGCAAAGGACGUGCGGCAUGGGAUCAGUAGUAUGUACUUAACUCUUAAUCUAGUACUGUUGGGGGUAUUUUUCUUUUAAUAAUCCUAAUAUGUAUGUAUGAAUGGACUAAACGCACUAGAAUGCAGUCUAUGGGUUACACUUGCUAAACUACGCCAGCAUACAGAAACCCGCCCUUCAGCGCGGCUCUACUAGGCGGAUGAGACCGAGGCGUUCUGGGGGAAAGGCUAGAGGAAAUGCCAUGCCAUCGCCCCCGACGCCCCGGUGCUCAAAUUUCCCUACGUGUAGGCUGCUGUUAAAGGAGCCGUUACCACUUUAAUCUGUCUCUCUCCGUUUGUGUUAUGUGGGUUCGAUAUAUGAAAGAACAGGCUGUUACAUUAGCUUUUUCUUAAUCGGAUGGUGCCUGAAACUGCUCCCACACGGAGUGUCUCCUCCUACCGCUGAUAUGACAGUCUCCACAGCCUCCGCAGCACAGAGACGCGGCACUGGCGUGGAUGCCUGAAAGGACUGUAGCAAGGACAUUUAUUUUGAGGAUGCAGAAUAUACAAGAAUGUGUUUCCCUGCUCUUCUGGUGCUGAGAGCCCAAAGCCCCCCGGAUCAGGUGGAAAAACCCGGACGGCAGUGACUUGGUUACCAUCCUAUAAGAAAAUAUGGCACCUCAACAACCUUCCAGCAUGGAGGAGCAGACGGGGGAGCUAUGUGAGCCUGAAUCUGAGGGAGAGAAACAAGGACCAGGACCCCCUUCUGAUCAAAAUCAUCCAGUUACGCACGAUGCUCCAGAUGGAGGCUGGGGAUGGGUGGUCCUUGUGGCUACCAUUCUUGUCUUAGCUCUGACACUGGCCUUCCCAGCCUGCAUUGGCAUCUUCUACUUAGAUCUUCAGGAAGAAUUUAAAGCCAGUAACAGUGAGACAUCUUGGGUGCCGUCAAUAAUGACGUCAGUUCUGCACGCCGGAGGUCCUCUCUGUAGUGUGCUGGUGGAUCGCUUCGGUUGCCGGGCCACAGUGAUGUUUGGGGGAGUGCUGAGUGGUUUGGGGAUGGCAAUCAGCUCUUUCUCACAUUCCUUAGUUGACUUAUACAUCACUACUGGGGUCAUCACAGGUUUGGGUUUCUGUUUCAGCUUCCAGCCCGCUGUCACCAUACUUGGCCACUACUUUGUGCGCCGUCGUCCUUUUGCCAACGCGAUAUCCUCCACUGGUACUGCUUUGGGUCUGUUUACAUUGCCCUUUUUAGGUGACUAUCUGCAGAGUAAGCUUGGUUGGAGAGGGAGCUUUCUGGUGCUUGGCGCUGUGCUGCUCAACUGCUGUGUUUGCGGAGCCGUCAUGAGACCGGUCCGGCCUCGCAAGCCCAGAAAGUCAGAGGUGAUGAGCAACGGUGCCCGACCCCCAGGCAAAAAGGGAUGUGCAUCGGGCAUCUGUCAAAGUUUUGCUUCGUCCCUCAGAAAACACAUGGCCUUUGACCUCUUCUGCAGUAACCUGCGAUUUCGGGUGUUUUCAUUGGGCAUCACUUGGAUGAUGCUGGGGUUUGUGGUGCCACUUAUUUACCUGGUCCCGUAUGCAUCAGCUCACAAUAUGGAUCCAAGCCAAGCUGCCCUGCUGCUUUCCAUCCUGGGCCUUGUCAAUAUCUUUGUGCGGCCUCCCGUCGGAGUGCUCUUCAGCCUAGCCUGGUUUAAAGGUCGACACAUCUACGUUUUUUCAGCCGCACUCAUAAUAAAUGGACUCAGUAAUAGUAUAUGCUGCAUUUCUGCCAGUUUCCAUGUGCUAUUAAUUUAUGUGCUGACGUACGGGCUGUCCAUGAGCGUGGUAGGCUCACUGAUGUUCACCGUCCUGAUGGAUACAGUGGAGAUGAAUCGAUUCCCAUCUGCACUCGGCCUGCUGUCUAUCAUGGAAAGUGUCACUCUGCUGAUAGGACCUCCCCUCGCAGGAAUGCUUGUGGACAGAACCGGACAAUACACGUAUGUGUUUCUGGCCUGCAGCAUCUCAGUGACCUUAUCAGCUCUGUUCCUUAUGGUUUCCUUUUACUGGCUGGACUCCCGUGAUGCAGCCCAGAAGAAAAGUUCACCAGCGUCUGGGUCUCCAGCUAAACCUGUAAUCAAUAUGUCCACAGACUGCCAGUACAGCAGUGUGCCUACAGAUGGUGACAAGACAAAUAAUCCAUCAUCAGAAGCAGAAAAUGUCACAAAUGUAUGACCUGGAGCAGAGUUAUUUACACUGGCUUUUGUAAAGAUCCUGGUCUCACAUCACAAGUUUGCCUUAUACAGUAUAUGCCAUGGCGCUACAGUGCCAUCCGUUAAUGCUGUCCUCGUAAUUCAAGUAAAAAUGAUAUUGCUUCUUCUUUCCUGAUCUAAAAUGACAGAACGUUGAAGUUAUUUGCCCAGGAAAUUAAGCUAUUUGAAGUCAGGAAAUUUUAAUUUCAUCUCAUGCCUUUAAUAUUCAUUUUCCUCAUUUUUUUUGCCAGUUACACUUCCGUUCAGUUUGGGAUUGGUAAGAUAUUCUCACCAAGGCUGCAUUUAUUUGAUAAAAAUAAAAUGUUUAAAAUAACUGCUUUCUAUUUGAAUAUAUUCUAAAAUUAAUUGAAAGUUAAUUUUACAAUAUAUUUAU